AUGAAGUGCACGCAGGCAUUUCUUGGUGCCAUAAUUGGGCACGCCCAUGCAAGCGUCUUCUUGCCCGGUAUCCCUACUGUACCGUUCCAGAGUAAUAAAACCGAAAACUUUACCAUUGCCAAUGUCAAAUCUAUAAUUGUAGACACACGGUUUGCGGAUUUGGUGGACAAAAACGGCCAAACGCUCAUACCGCCGUCACUUUUUGCAUUUGCCGUGGUUUUUGCUAAUGACUUGCACGAUGUCUUCAACAUAUCAGCAGAGGUAUCAAACGGGACUAGUUGCUCAAUGAGUAGCAUAUUCCUGACCAUUGGUGUGGCUGAUGAGUAUAUCGAUGCGGGUGGUCGUCAGACUUCUGAAGGUUAUAGCCUGGAAGUCAGUCCGUCGUGUACAAUCAUCACGGGUGCCUCGCCUCUUGGGGCGUGGUGGGGUACUCGGAGUAUCCUUCAGCAAGCCAUACUAUCACUUGCCGACUCGGGAUCAGCUUCUGUGCCCACUGGCUCUGGCCUCGAUGUCCCUGGCUGGUCGACACGAGGCAUGAUGCUUGAUGCUGGCCGCCACUAUUACCCGCCUGGUUUCUUAACAGAGCUCUGCAGCUACAUGUCGUUCUUUAAACAGAAUACUCUGCAUCUCCAUCUGAGUGACAAUCUUUAUAAUAACCCCAAUUACACGAUCGACCAGUCUCUUGAGCUUUACGCGCGGUUCCGUUUGUGGAGCGAGGAGUCGGCUGUAGCCGGGCUCAAUCUUUUCGCCAAUGAGUCUUACGACCGACUGACAUUUGACGAGAUCCAGUCGAGCUGUGCUUCACGUGGCAUCACGGUGGUCCCUGAGAUCGAAGCACCUGGGCACGCCCUUGUGAUAGCUCAGUGGAAACCGCAGCUAGGUCUCGACGGCGACAUUAGCUUACUUAAUAUUUCUCACCCCGGGACGAUUCCCACGAUGAAGGAUAUAUGGGCCACCUUCCUCCCCUGGUUCCAUACCAAGGUAGUUUCGAUAGGUGCUGACGAGUACACGGGACCUGAAGCUGACUACAAUACGUUUGUGAAUGCUAUGAAUUCUUUCAUAGGCACGACAAGUGGAAAGUCUAUACGUAUUUGGGGAACCUUUCCUCCUAGAUGUGAGUACCGCCUGUGCACCAGCCGGGCUGCCUGCAGCUCGUCGGUCCAACACUGGGAAUACUUUGAAGACAAUCCGUUUUAUGACUAUAUUUUGAAUAACUACUCGGUGGUCAAUUCAAAUGACGAUUUCUACAUCGUGAACAAAUAUGCACCACCUGGUGGAUAUCUCAACACGAUAAACCUGACCAAGACUUUCCACGGCUCGCCUGACGGAGAAUACUGGAGGCCCAACAUUUUCGAUCAGCGUAAUGUAACCAACAACCCGCCUGCAUCAAACGCAUACGUACUUGGAUCCAUCGUACCCCUUUGGAACGACUACGGCUACAAUGCCACGGUCUACUCGGAGGCGUACUACGCCUGGCGUGAAGGCAUACCUGCCUUGGCAGAUAAGCAGUGGGGCGGUAAUCUUAGUGAGGCAUCGUUCACCAGCGCCUUCGAUGUGCUGCACCCUCAUGUUCCGGGACAAAAUCUUGACCGGGUAAUACCUUCCCUGUCCGACACUAUUGUCAACUACACGCUUGCGGAACCAACAGGCUUGGUUGCCGGCGCUAUUGCUGACGCAUCGGGCAAUUCGUACACGGCCUAUACGGACUGCGUGGAGUUUGAUGCCACUCCAGGAACACCAGCGCUGUCGAUCUCAGGUGGCUGCAGCGUGAGCACUCCACUGGAGUCCAAGGGACGUAACUAUACCUUGACUGUCUCGUUGCGUAUCGACUCACUUGAGGCACCUAACAAUGCAACGCUCAUCAGCGGUCGAGAUUCGGUCCUUAUGUUAACUCCCAACAUCACCAUGUUUGCUGGCGGCAAUCACUUCCGUCUCAACGCAACAGUGCCACAGACGGAGUGGUUUGAAUUGAAACUUAUCGGCCGAGGCAACCGUACAUUUGCUGCAGUCAAUAACGGUGAAGAGAUGGAGUUCCUCGCCAAGAUGGGGAUCAAUGGGGUUUACUUUCACUGGGCAGAAAUAGCUCUUGAAGCACCCCUGAGGAUAGUUGGUGGACGAGGCAUCGGGUGGACCGGCUCAUUCGGAGGCAUGUCCCUAACGUCUAUUGCCUGA